CAGCGCGGUGUGACGUAGGGAGGACGUUUUCUUUUCCGACGUUGGUCCACAUUGGCGGUCGUCUCUCCAGAGGUCGACAUCGGAUAAAGACAAGGAUCCAAAUGUUGUCUUCGGUCAUUUCCAAAAGACUGGUUACAGGAAUGUGCCGGACGGCGUGGAGACCUGCUCUGACCGGGCUGGUACCUUCUCGCUGUUACCGUGGCGAAGCACCUGAUGAUGUCAAGACUGACCUGAUUGAGAUCCCUUUGCCACCUUGGGACGAAAGACCCGGAGAGUCCACGCACAUGAAGAGACGGCGCUUGCUCUACGAGAGUCGUAAGAGAGGAAUGCUGGAGAACUGCAUAUUACUCAGCCUUUUUGCCAAAAAAUACCUAAGCACAAUGACUGAGACCCAGCUGAAGCAGUAUGACAGACUGAUCAACGAGCCAAGCAAUGACUGGGAUAUCUACUACUGGGCAACAGAAGCUCAGCCGACCCCAGAAGUUUACCAAGGAGAAGUCAUAGAAAUGCUGAAAGAGUUCACAAAGAAUCGCGAUCAGGAACAGAGGUUGGACGCACCCAGCUUGGAAUACCUGGAAAAAGAAGGCUAAAUAGGACGCCCCAUGAGCUGUGACCUUUUUAUUUGAAAUGGGGUGCUUAUUAUGCUAUGUGACUUACGGAACCUACUUGCAGAAUACUCAGUUCUAUCAAGUUCUCCAGUUUUAUGCAGCGAAGUGUGCAGUUGGGUUACAAAGCAACACUUCAUUGUUGUCAAAUAUUGUUGUCAAAGCCCCGGGACACUAUCAUCUGGCACUCGCUGAGGGUGUGAUGUAUAUAUUUUGAUUCACUUUUGGUUGAAAAAUGGAAUGUGGAAGAUGAAUACAGGAAUUUGUAGGAAUUCAUCAAACAAAUUAUUAGUAAAAUAUUACACUUGCAUGGUGAGCUUGUUUGUGUGCUGUAAUUAUGAUAUGCCAACCGCAAGUGUGAUGUUAUUUAAUAAAAUUGUCGUCUCCUGA